AUGGCUUCACAACCUCCGCCUCCACCGCCACCGACAGCUGCACCACCUCCGCCGCUCGUUGGAUCGGAUGCCGGUAUAGACACACCCCCUAGUCAGUCCAGCUAUGGCUACUCCAGCCAGUCGACGAUGGGUCAGGAGCCCGAAAUCGUGGAGGCGCACGAAGAAGAGAGACCGACAGACAGCCAUCACCUGGCUGAUAUGGCCACCAAGGAGAAGCCGCUCGAGGAGAAGGGACAUGCCGAGCUUCAGCAUGCGGAUGUGGAGGUGAAGAACUUGGGAUGGAACAACCCGCCGAGCAAGGUUUCUCAGCCCAUGAUUGGCGGGUUGACAAAUGAGGAACUUUGGAUCCUGGUCCGUCGAUUCGACAAGCUCGCCAACCUUGAUAUGAAUAUCGCAGAUGAAGAGGAAUUUUCGCCUGAUAAGCUCCGCGCCCACGUCGAGCGCCUGUACAUGACAGUCGCAGUUGGUCUCUUCUCCUUCUGGAAACAAAUCGUCCGUCUUCGGUCAUGGCGUGAGUCAAGACGCACAUCGACCUUCCUCGCAGUCUACUCCGUCGCCUGGGUCCUGGAUUUUGUCGUGCCAGUCCUUGUUAGCUUCCUCAUUGUUCUUGUUCUCGUCCCCGAAGCACGAGACUUUUGUUUCCCUCCUGCCCCGCCCUCUCUUAUCGACAGCAAGACGGGCGGCGUCAAGAAACCUGCAUCUGGUGUCCUGGCGUCGGACGACUCUAUAACAGGCGCUCCAGAGAAGCAUGCUGGAGAAGCCGUGGAACAAGAAGCUCAUAGUUUCGUCAACAGCAUUUCCUCGCUGAUCGUUAGCACGGCGGCAGGAAAACACCCCCAAGGCGAUCCCCAUGAUGACACUGUUGCCCCUGACCCUACUAACAUUGCCCAAGAUGUUGUCAAUGCCAAAGAUAAAACGGGCGGCAAUGAGCCUAGCGUUCAUCACGACAAGACCAAGAAACCUGUUCAUGAAUCCGUCUGGACAAAGGCGAGGCCUGUUAUGCAUGGAAUUGCGGACACACAGUUUGUCGACACAUGGGAGCGCUUCGGCAACGCCCUCAGCCCAACGCCGCCAUUCCCACAACAGCGACCUCGGCUCAUUCUUGCCAGUAUUUUGCUGCCAAUGCUCCUUGCUUCGCUCUUCACGACAUCGUACAUGCUGGUCAAGGGAUCCGGAUUCAUGGUUGGUUUCACCUUCUUUGGUGACCCGAUCAUCCAAAGAGGCCUGGUGUUUAUCAACCGUACCUACCCUCAUUGGAAGAAGUACGUUGAAUUGCGAAACACCAUUCUCAAGGGCAUUCCUACCAAUGCCCAGCUUACCCUCACGCUGCUACGCAUCGGUGAGAGAAACAAGGCGCCGCUUCCACCGCCUCCUGCAACCUCUGAACCACCGCCUGAUGUGCCCCAUGCAACCGCUGGGGAGGGUCUCGAGCACCUCGAUCAAGCUAUCCAGCCCGACCCGAACGCCCUUGCACCCGCCGAAUCUCAGACCGAUGAGCAUAAACAGAAGAAGGGUCACAGACUCCUAAACUUCAUCAAGAGCACUGCGAAGGGCGGUAUCAACACUUCUCUCGCCGCAGAUAAAGUCAAGGCCAAGGUGGGCGCAAAACACGCAAAGGACAGGCUUGGAGUGGUCAAGACGGAGCCCGAUCCUGCCAAGGGGCCUAUCUCCUUCCCAGCCCGGUGGAAGGCUACGGCCACUACCCCUGCUCUGAGCUGGACAACCGAUUCAGAUGAUCUGAAUCCAACUUGGACUGUCACUAUUGGAGAUAUCGAGCAAAUCCGCAAAAUGGGCGGGCUUGGAUGGAAGUCUAAGAUACUUGUCGGUUGGGCCACAGAUCGCGAGAUCGCAGAUGGUCUCAUUGUGACGGAUAGCAUGGGCGAAGAGCACCAUCUCACAGCAAUCAUCUCCAGAGAUGAGCUAUUCAACCGUUUGGUGGCUAUAGGAUCACAGAUGUGGGAAGCUUGGUAA